AUGUGGUACACGACUCUAUUUUCGCAUGAUGACAGCCGCAUCUUCCUUGCCCUGCAAGAAGCCCAAUUGAAUGGUUACAUAGCUGUAGGAAAGGACAAUUGUGUGAAUCAUGUUGACAAGAGAAUCGGCACUGUGCUCUGCACCCUCUUUGAAUCAAAGCAGAAGUGCUCUGGAACUGGCAGCCUUGGAGAUUCCUUGCCGUUGCCAUCUUCGGAGCAGUACCUUACACUUGUGUCCGUAUGUGGCCGCCUGCAUUCCUGCCGGCAGUGCACUUACAAGACUGAGCACAAGAAGCACAUGACCCAACACCUACGCAUACACUCGGGCGAGCGUCCCUUCAAGUGCCACCUCUGCUCGGAGGCAUUCACUCAGAAAUGGCACCUGAAAGAUCACGUGCGCACCCACAUGGGAGAGCGCCCCUACCAGUGCCGCCUGUGCUCGGAAGCAUUCACUGAGAGUGGCAGCCUGAAACGCCAUGUGCGCGCCCACACAGGAGAGCGCCCCUACCAGUGCCACCUGUGCCCAGAAGCAUUCACUCAGAAUAACAGCCUGACACGGCAUCUGCGCACCCACACUGGAGAGCGGGCCUUUCCCUGCGUCCACUGCGGUGCAUCCUUUGCGCGGAAAGACAACCUCUUGCGCCACAUGUCCUGUCACUCGGAGGAGAAGGCCUAA